AUGGCCCCUAACCCGUUGUGCCUUGUUUGGCGUGAGCAGAUCAUAGAUAAUCUUCGUCUGAUCUCAGGCCGUAGUGCUCUCAUUGACAUUUACACCUCUCGCCAACCUAAUAAGUCAUACACUAUCUACGCCGUCAAGGUCCACCGAGGCAAACGUCAAGAGAUUCUCUCAGCAACGGGCCGCGAUCUGGAAGAUGCCUUUGAGAACCUCCACACCAAGUCCUCUCAGGAGGUGUAUCAGUUCAUCGAAGCCAACGGUUUCGCCUUCCCCCGAGGCGUAAGAUCUGAAGACUCUGAAAGCUCUGGGAGUGAAGCCUCAACAAUGGACGCCUCCGAUGUGCUCUCUCUGUCUGCCGGCUCUGACAGCGACAACGACAACGACGACAUCAUGUCCAGGAGGGGUAAGAAGACAAAGUCCUCGCACCGCAAGAGCAAGCACAAAUCCCACAAGCACACCAAGAACGACUCUUCUUCCUCCGAAGAAGAGAUCGACUCGGAACCAGAACAAACCACGCGUACGCGCCGCCCGGCCCCUGGGCAGCGACCAUCGUACAUCCCCGCGCCCCCCAUGGCCGCGAUAUCGCAACCUCCCCCUCCACCUCCUGGCUGGACAGGUCACCGGGCACGCAUCUUCCCCCGCGCGCCAGACGGCGUACCACCGCCGCCCCCACGGGGGAGCUUUCCCCCAGGCAUGCGACUCCCAUCACCACCUCGUGGUAUGGCCCCCGCGCCCGUGACCACCGCCGUGGUCCCGGCCAUCCCUACCGCGCCCUCGAAGCCUGUCCGCCUCAUCAUCAACUGGAGGGGCCACGGCGAGAAGAAGAUUGUCGAGAACUGCCAGCCGAGUCACCGGGCCCUGCAGAGGACGGCGCUCGCCCACGUGCGCUCUCAGUGGCAGACAUUUGACAACGUGCUCGCCCAGGAGAUGACGCCGGGCAGGCUCUGGGGGCUGGGUGCCAAGGUUCGCAAGGUGGCGCUCGGCAAGGACAUGUACUCCAUCUCGGCGGCCGGCGGGGACGAUUUGGGUAUGUACUUCAAGGCGGAAGAUAUCCCCAUGUUUGAGGUCGAGAUCGAUCACGACGGAAGCAUUAUGCCGCCUCCGCCGCCGCCUCAGCACCACCACGGUCAGCGGUGA